GUCUGUCUCUCCUUUUUCUUUCUUCGUUUCUCUCUCUGUCUCUGUCUCUCCCUCCUCCACUCUUUCUUCGCGCUCAACGUUUUCUCUCUACAUCACGAUCCGCCUUCUUCUUUCUCCUCGCUUUCUCCCAGUUUCGUACGCACUCUCCGUCUCCUCCGUAUUUCCCUGCUCAUUUCCCAUGACUCGUGCCAUUCUACGCGACCGCCGAGUCGACGCCGCUGGAGCGAAUGUUCGAGGCUGAAUUUUCCCCUCCCCGAAGGAAAAACCGUGAACGCGGCAAUGUUGGAUUUUUUGCUACGGACUUGAUCCAGGACCGUGCAUCGACCACCCUCGUGCCGAGGUCGUGUGCGAGAAACCCGCGAGGAACAUCGGCGAUUCGAAGGGCAGUGACGAGAAAUUUCAGUAACGGCGGAACGAGGUGGCGACGGAGAAGCGGUCUCGCGUGGCAGACGAGGUGGCAAUGAUCGCGCCGACGGGGAGACUGCGUCAAUGUCAACGAAAGUAUACGUCCUAAAGUAUUCGUCGAGGAAACGAAGUGCCAAAGAACUGUGGAGAAUUAGCCGUAGAAAGGUGGAAAGACGCCGGGGGACGGAGAGGCCGACCGACGAAGAGGGAAACGGUGAAUCGGGUGAAGGUGGGGCCAAGAGGGGAGGAGUGCAGCGCGAAGAGGAUCAAAAAGAAGAAGGAAAGAAGGAAGAAGGAGGAAGAGGUGGAGGGAGGAAGAAUGAGAAACAACGUCCCGCGAGAGAAAGAAGGAUCGCGAAGGUAGGGCGGAAGACGUGGGGAUCGGGCUGGAUCCGGGUCGAUCGGUGGUGGUGAUGGUCUCGGGGUGGUGCCCGUGCGUGCCGAUCGGCCGCCGGGAAUCACCGGCCCAGCAGCAGUCGGCAGCCUCCUCGUCGAGGAGCUUCGGAGGAACCGACGGUGCGCCGUUCACCGUCAGCGCGGCCACCGAUCGCGCAGAGAUGGUCCAGAUGUUUUAUUACGAGAACCGCGGCAAAUGCUGCAAGAAGCUUCUCCGAUACAACGGGUACCCGAACAAGGUGCUUCUGUUUCCGGAGGAAGGCUGGGCGAGAAGCGCGAGCAGUUCCUACUGGACUUUGACGCCGUUCUGGUGGAGUCGAAGUCGAUGCAAGGUAGUGGAAGUUGCUGGAACCAGGAGGUACAGCACUCAGGCAAAGAUGGUGGACACAGGAACGGGCACGCUUUAUAUUAUCGGUUCUUUUAAGCGAAUGACCACCGAUCCCGAUUUCAAGUUGUACCUGACGUCGAACGUGUCGUCCAGCGACUUCAACAUGGGUUACAGCAUGACCGGCACGUUGGAGCGCGGCUGCAAGAAGACCAACACCUUUCAGAUGACUCACUUCGCGGUGAUUCGUCGACGAGACUACGAAAAGGCCUACGAGGACUCGAAUCCCACCUAGUGUCCGUCCACACCCACGCUGUCCGAGUGUGGGAACUGCGAACACUACGCGUAAAAAAAAAAGAAAAAAAAGGAGAAAAAGGAAAGGGAUGUUAACGAUCAAAUAUCGCGCGCACACCGAUUCCCUUCUGAUUUAUUUUCGAAUCCGGGACGAAAGUUCCUCUCGGGAGGAAGGAAGGAUUCGCGGAUCGGCUGUCGAUUCGCCGAUUCUUUCGUCUGACCUCGAUCCGCUCGAAAUUCACCAAGUUCAAUAAUAACGCAGAAGAAAGGGGGAAAAAAAAAAAACGAGCGAUCGAAGCGACGAUCGAAUUCGCGAGCGCGAUACGAGAAAGAAAGAAAGAAAUCAAAGGCGAUCGGGCAGAAGCCAACACACGUCCAAUGCUAGUGUUUAAAUUUUAGGUCGGAGAAAAUUAAGUAGUUUUUAACGACAGUACUUGCGGAGAAAAAUGAUAAAACGGGGUAUCGUCGUCGAGUAUACAAAAGAAGAAGAAGAAGAAGAAGAAGAAGAAAAAGAAAAGAAAAUCGCAAUGUGAUCGAGGAUCGAGGAAAGCAUAAUUCCCAAAGUAUUAGCACGUAAGUUGUAAGUCUCGCAAGGCAGGAUAAGUUCUCCUACGCGUCCUUCUUUCGUGGACACGCGCUGCUUCUCGUCCACCGAUCCACCGGUUUAACGUACCGGCGUCAUUGUACCCGGCGCGCGCUUCUCCGAAAUUGCGUCCUGUCGUCGAGUGUGUGCGCGGCGAACGCCUCCUCGACGCUUACCUACGCUUCCCCCGAGUUCCUCGAGCUCCUUCAUCCUGGCGCCGUUCCCCGGGGAACGGAGCUUUGCGGCCAACUUUAUCUCCCCUCCCCACUAGUCGCGCGCGCACGCUUCCA